AUGCCAAGUGGGUUGCGAUGUUCCGUGAAUACUUACCGUGAUUGUGCACCAUCAGUUGAACGCUACAUUGAGUGGGGAGGUGUGGAACUGAAAGCUCUCCCUUUAUCCUCCAUUACCCUUACCCAAGGCCCCUUUCCAUGUAGGCGUCUACGCACUACUCGAAAACGUCCACGCGUUCCCCGACAACCUCAAAGCCCCAUUGGGGCUUCUUGA